CCGUUGAAGCGCUGGUUCAUGUGUUUUUCUCCCGAACGACGCAGUAGGAGGAAGAAGAAGAAGAAGAAGAAGAAGAAAAAAGCGAAGCAAAGGUAGAACAAACCCAAGUAUGGCGGCUCGCGCAGUCUACCCCACGCACACUCGCCUCCUUCUCUGAGCCCACCGCCACCGCUCUCCGCCGCGGAAGAAGCCGCCGCCGCCGCCGUCGCCGGCGUCGCUCGUUCGCCGUUUGCGAGUUUCGCCUCGAGUCCCGAACUUAUGAGCGACCGAACCCAGACCCACACCGAACCCCAGCCGCUGCCCCAGCCAAGCCAUGACCCAGCCUCCGCCUCCGCCUCCUCGUCCGCCGCCGCAGCAGCCGCCCCUGAGAUAAUCAACGGCCCCCCGCCGCCGCAGUCCGCCUCUCCCCCGUCCAAAAUCCCCCUCCGCCCGCAGAAGAUCCGGAAGCUCUCGCCCGAAUCGUCCACGCCCGACCCGAAGCCGUCAGCCGCCGGGGCUAGCCCUAAAUCGAAGGCCGUCAAUGCCGCCUCCUCCUCGAAGCCCUCCAAGAACCGCAUCGUCGCCUCGCGAGCCCCCGCGCUCCCCCGGAUAGUCGUCCGCUCCCUCUCCUGCGACGGUGAGGUCGAGGCCGCCAUCCGCCACCUCCGCGACGCGGAUCCCCUGCUCGCUUCGCUCAUCGACCUCCAUCCUCCGCCUACGUUCGACAUCUUCCUCACUCCGUUCCUUGCCCUCACCAAAAGCAUUCUCUACCAGCAAUUAGCCUUCAAGGCCGGCACCUCGAUCUACACGCGCUUCAUUGCUCUCUGUGGCGGCGAGGACGGAGUCCUCCCCGAGACCGUGCUCGCGCUGGACCCUCACCAGCUUCGGCAAAUCGGGGUUUCGGCACGCAAGGCAAGUUACCUUCAUGAUUUAGCUAGGAAGUACCAGAACGGGAUAUUAUCCGACACGGCGAUUGUAAAUAUGGAUGAUAAGUCGCUGUUUACGAUGCUCACCAUGGUCAACGGAAUUGGGUCUUGGUCGGUCCACAUGUUCAUGAUUUUCUCGUUGCAUAGACCAGAUGUUUUGCCGAUUAAUGACCUCGGGGUGCGGAAAGGAGUGCAGCUUCUUUAUGGGCUCGAGGAUUUGCCCAGGCCAUCACAGAUGGAUCAUAUGUGUGAGAAAUGGAGGCCGUAUCGUUCAGUCGCGUCGUGGUACAUAUGGAGGUUUGUGGAGUCGAAGGGUGCACCUUCGAGUGCCGCAGCUGUUGCGGCCGGUGCUAGCCUGCAGCAGCAACAACAGCAGCAGGUAGAAGAGCAGCAGCAACACCACCCGGAGCAGCCACAGUUGCUGGAUCCUAUAAAUAGCAUUCUUAAUCUUGGGGCUUAUGCUUGGGGACAAUGACUGGGGAGGUUUCUUGGUGGAAUAUUGUCCAUCAAUUGAUAUGAGUUGAGAUCCUUGAAAAGCAACUCGAAGGUACUCAACUCAGGUGCCAGAGGCUUGAAUUUUUCUGAGUGUCGAAAGAUGAGCUCUCUGUACCUUGUAAAUUGUCAGGCGAUGCAAUGAGAUCCAGCUCAAAUUCGGUUGAAUGUUGCAUGAUAGUGGUUUCUAGAUAUAUUAUUACCUAGAAUUAGCCAUAACUGCUGGAAGAAAGAAAUGUGGUGAUAAGUUGAUGUCAUUGUUCGACAAUUUAUCAUGUGACAAUUUCUUUGCUGCAUCUUUUAUCUGCAUACUCCCCAACCCUUGGGGUGAACAUUGAAAAACAUGAGAAAGAAUUGUCCUUUCUGUAUGCAUUUUUCACCUUCUGCUGCA